AUGUUGCCGGUGAUCCUGACAGUUUACCUCAAUGACACCCAACAGAUGCUGACUGAGGUCCCAGUUACACCCGCAACCAGAGUUGCAGAUGUGGUGGAAUACUGUAAAGAGGCAGGCGAAGGGGAGUGUCACUUAGCUGAGAAAUGGAAUGGACAUGAGCGAGUUCUCCCUCAGCAGUUGUUACUAAUGGACCUUCUUCAACAGUGGGGUGCCAGGAGGCCUGAGGUCAGCUUCUACCUACGACACUGUCCUUCCUUGCCACAAGGAAGUCUGCAGCCUUUGGAGACAACUUGGACCAUAGAAGCAGAAGGCACUAACACUGGCGUUCCCCGAGUGGAGCUAACCCUCUCUGAACUCCAGGAAAUGGCCACAAGACAACAGCAACAAAUAGAUGCUCAACAACAGAUGUUGCUUGCCAAGGAGCAAAGGCUAAGAUAUCUUCAAAGUGGGGGCAGACCCAACAAUGGGCAAACACAGUCUGAAGCUGAGAAACUGCAGCGGCUGAAGGAGAGAGUAGAAACUCAGGAGGCAAAGCUGAAGAAGAUUCGAGCUAUGAGAGGACAAGUGGACUACAGUAAACUAAUCAAUGGGAACCUCUCGGCAGAGAUUGAACAUGUUAGCAGCCUUUUUCAGGAGAAGCAAGCUGAGCUGCAGUCUGCCGUUACCCGAGUCGACCAGUUGACCCAACAGCUGGAGGAUCUGAGGAAAGGACGCCUUCAGCUGCAUUCUAUUGCUUCCCAGCAGGGGGUACCCAACAGACCCCCCACUGGAUUGAAAGGAUCCGCACUUUCUGGCCCUGCUGCCUUAGAACUAAGGAAACUCUACCAAGAGCUGCAGGCUCGCAAUCGUCACAACCUAGAGCAGAGUAGCAAGUUAGCACACAACAAAGAACUGCUGAACAAGAGGAAUGCUCAGGUGACAGUGAUGGAUCAGCGUAUCGGAGACCUAAGGGAGAGACUGCACAAGAAGAGAGCAGAAUUGAACCGCAUUAAUGGAGAAGGCCCACCUUCUCCGCAAAGCUCUUCUCGUCCAAGUGGUGGAGUCUCAGGCCGAGUGGCUGCUGUCUGCCCUUACAUCCAGGCUCCACUCGAAGGGGUACAAGAAGCAGGGUACAACCUGUCAUCUGAUACACCACCCAAGCCCUCACAGCUCAGUCACAUCCGUUCCCAAUCAGACGAGGACAAGAUUGGCAUCAGAAAGCCUCCCAAGCAGUGGAAAGUGUCAGAUUUAGACAUCAUCCUUUCAGAGCCAAAUGACUUAGGCGAGCGCCCUCUUUCUCCUCAAGAGGACAAGAGUAACAACACUAGUGAAGCGUCAUGGCCUACCAUUGGCAAAAAUGUGUCGAACUGGAGGACCAACAACAGUCCAGAACAGAAUCUUCCAUCUGGUUAUGGCACAUACCCCAGCGCCACCCACCAAGCAGCAGGGAAUCACUGCUCUACUAGCUCCCUUCCUCGAUCUGCUCCUGGCACAUUGGGCUGGCCCCGAUCCAGUACUGCAAAUUCCACCUCAACUUCUUCAGUCUCCUCUUCCUCUUUACAGCAAAUUCAACAACGCAUUGCUGUCCCUGCAAAUUCAAACCAAGGCUCUAACAAUCCUCCCCAGGCUUCACCUUUGCCACCUCAGAGUGAACGAACAGAUCCGCCUCCAGCUGUAGCUGUACGUCCUUAUGUCCCUGACCAUCCAUCCAGACCCCAGUCUCCUAGAAAGGGUCCUGCUACAAUGAACAGCAGCUCCAUCUACAGCAUGUAUCUCCAGCAGCCUCAGGCUAAAAAUUAUGGCUCACUAAGCAACAGGGGUACCGUUAAAGCAGUCUAUGGGAAACCCAUCCUGCCCACGUCUUCCACAUCUCCAUCCCCUCUUCCAUUUCUCCAUGGAGGAGGAAUAAAGACAGGAGAAGAUGUUACAGAAAAGGAAGGAGUGAAAGGAGUUAGAGGAGUUGAGACAAUGGAAGGGCAAAUCAUACCUCCUCCAAGCGUGGACAACAUUCCUCGUCCGCUCAGUCCUACAAAGCUGACUCCAGUUGCCCAUUCUCAACUACGCUACCAAAAUGAUGCUGAUCUGGAAGUCCUCCGCCGUCGUCUCAGCAAUGCCCCGCGACCUCUGAAGAAGCGCAGCUCGAUUACUGAACCCGAGGGACCACAGGGGCCAAACAUUCAAAAACUAUUAUACCAGAGGUUUAACACCUUGGCUGGAGGCAUGGAAGGAGUUUCUGGCAAUCCUUUCUACCAGCCCGACUGCAUCUUAAGCGAUAUAGACAAUAUCCAUUCAGUUGAGGGUAAUCAAGAAUCAGGUGAAAAGCAUACCAGCUUGGCAACAGAGGAUGCAGAAGUUCAAAACUUGAACUUAGAAUGCCACCGCUUGUCACCUGCUGCUGCCACUGAGAUGCCCACUAAGGGUGACAUGACCAAGAAUGGGUGCCAAUCACCACAAACCAAUGUUCCCUCAUCACCCGAUAAGUUAGAAGAUCUGAAUAACAAUCAAAGCGGUGGUAGUCCAGCCCACAGUGUGACAAGUCCGGCCUCCUCUUCACCAUCACCACCUGCCCCACCUUCAAAGCCUAAGAUUAAGCGAACCAACUUGAAGAAGCCUUCAUCGGAGCGCACAGGCCAUGGACUGAGAGUCAAAUUUAACCCCCUAGCUUUGUUGCUUGAUGCGUCAUUAGAGGGAGAGUUUGAUCUGGUACAGAGAAUUAUAUACGAGGUGGAAAAUCCCAGUAUGCCGAAUGAUGAAGGUAUUACUCCUCUUCACAAUGCUGUCUGUGCUGGCCACCACCACAUUGUGAAGUUUCUGCUGGACUUUGGGGUGAAUGUCAAUGCAGCAGACAGUGAUGGAUGGACACCUCUGCACUGUGCCGCUUCAUGUAACAGUGUCCACCUUUGUAAGAUGCUGGUAGAAUCAGGAGCAGCCAUUUUUGCCCAAACUAUCAGUGAUGUUGAAACAGCAGCAGACAAAUGUGAAGAAAUGGAGGAAGGCUACGCACAAUGUUCUCAGUUCCUCUAUGGUGUACAGGAGAAGCUGGGUGUGAUGAACAAAGGCUUGGUCUACAUGCUUUGGGACUACACGGCCCAGCAGUCUGACGAGCUUACCUUCAACGAGGGGGACGCGCUCACAAUACUGCGACGGCGUGACGACACUGAGACAGAGUGGUGGUGGGCUCGACUCGGAGAUCGUGAGGGAUAUGUUCCCAGGAACUUGCUGGGGCUGUAUCCAAGGAUCAAACCCAGACAACGCUCACUAGCUUAA